CCUUAGCAAACCGUUACACACCACGCUCCGUUGAAGCUAUUGUUGUACGAGUAGUCCAGCGGUGUUCGGCCUUUCAUGAGCGGGUGAUCAGCGCUGCUAGUCCCGGUGAACAAUCCAGAGCACUCCGAUGGUGUUUAUCUUCCGCUGUAAAGGACAUUACGAGCUCAUUCAGAUGUUAUUUGGGUGACAGAAGGGCGGAUGUUGGAAUUGAGAGUCAUUCUACGAGAGUAAAAUGAAUCACACGCCUUGUUUGAAAUCAAUCGGGGAACAUGUUUCGUGAGUGGCCACAAAUUGAAAAUUGAGCGACGUCAGUGCUGUGGAAUUUUCCGCAGAGUUGGAUGCUUGACGAUGUAAAAACUAUUCUAGAAUCAUCAACGAUUAAAACUCUUUGUCAACGCGGAAGACGAGACUAACAGGUAAUCCACUCUGUUGUCAAGGAAACGAAGACAAAAGAAGCUUACUAGAAUCUUCGUUGAAGAUGACACCUGCCAAUUAACCCUCAUCCAGGAGAUUUGACGAGCAAGUUGAAUGAUAUUUGCUGGACUGAAAGCUGAAGACGGAAGUAGUUGCUCUCCAAACAAUGUAAGUGCGGUUAGACGACAUCCGACAUCACAAGAGGUGUCUUCAUGCCUGCGAUAAACAUCAACGCCUCAACUUCGCAUCAUAGAGCAACGUUCCUUGCUCUAUGUUCACACUGACUGCUGAGGUAUCAAGAGUGGUUGACCGACACAUCUAACGCCUGGGGAACCAUAACUUGAAUGAUUUUCCGAUUUGGAUGAAGUUGAUACACGCUUGACGACAGAUCGCAAGUGAAUUUAAACAGCGGGAAUAUCGAAAUGAAAAUGACGCCAAAAGAGGCGAGAUGGAAGUUCAUCCGGGCAGUGCGCAUGAUCAUCAUGCAAAUUACCCUGAACAAGGGGACAGCCGAAGUGGAGGAAGAGGACCAAGUCCUGUCCUUCAAUUCGCACAUUGAGGGCGUGGAUGGGGUGACCAUGGAACAACUGACAUUCGAUAAGAAAUACUUCCGCGCUAAACGAGAGACGCGCAUCACCCAAGACGUGAAGAACGUACUGAGCGUGGAGCAAGAAGACCGUACGCAUGCGCAGCUCCAACUGGCUCUCCAUGGUCUUCAAUCCAUCUCAUCCUUUGCUGAAUAUCCUCUUCACAUUCAAGAGAAGUUGGUACGAGUGGCGUUCUUCUAUAACAUCCCAGCCAAGAGGGUAAUCAUCCGAGAGGGUCACAAUGCCGAGAUAUUUUACUUCCUCAUCACCGGGUCUGCUGCAGUGACCUGUGCAGAUGUGGAUCGAGUGACCAAGGAACCCGCAGCCAAAGUGACACAAGUCCUACGUAAGGGAGAAUGCUUCGGAGAACGGGAGCUACUUCAUAACAUCAAACGAACGCAUACCAUCACGGCUGAGGUGCCGUGCGAACUGAUUGCAAUUGAAAUGGAGGAUUUCUUUGACAUGUUCAUGGGUGAGGGUGACCACGGAAAGGAAAUGGAACAUCUCAAGUUUUUAAGGAUUCUACCUUUCCUGAAGGGUUGGCCAGUCCGUAAACUAAAUGACCAUCCACAGAUGGGACUCUUCCAUUAUUUCAAACGAGGGACCGUUAUUACUAAAGACAGCAACCAAUCAGACUGGCUGUACAUUGUAAAGUCGGGUUCCUGUCAAGUGAUUAAGGAGUUAUCUGAAGCCAGGCCCGGCCAGCAGCGACGGAGUAGCACAAGCCUGGACCCCAAUAUGAACGAGAAAUUUGCCCCCAAUGGUCUCAAUGUCGGUCCCAAGAUUGAUAAUCGAAGACGGCGAUCGUCAGUCAGAGAGCAGGAUCUGAACAGCCUGAGAGUUCCAUCAUCACUGGAUGAUACGAGGUCCCAAGAUGGUGACAAGAAGGUAGUGUUUGUCCAACUAGACAUGCUGCUACCAAAAGAUGUAUUUGGUCUGCCAUUCUUAUGCUGUGAUGCUGGCAUCAUCGACGCUAGGCAACCCAGCCUAAGUCUUGUCAGCCGCGGGGCAGAAGUCAUCAUGUUGAAUAAGAGAUUCUUCCUUGAACACGCCUCCCAGUAUGUUACCCGUCAUCUGAAGGAAAUUGUCCGUCCGUACCCGCUGCAAGAAACGCUGCAGAAACACCUGCAGGCUCAUACAGACUGGCAACACUACAAGCAACAGACACUGUCGACGGUGGUGACCGGAACCAGACGCAAGUCUGUCAGCCAACCUCCUUAAGGCAACAGGAAAUGGAUUGAGAGAAAUGGGACCAGACUAGUCCGUCACCUUGGCUCAUUAACCAAGGUCGUACUGGGUUUUGAUUUGUUUCAGAAGCAAAUCCGGCACCAGACUCCUAAAAAACGACCGAGCGAAGUGACAUUGUUGACCUACCACUUUGAACCAUAGAGCAAAGGACCCUAUGUUUGAACAAAGCUGGAAAUUAUCCAAUAUUUUGUAUCUGGAACUGGACCAUUGUCUUUAAUUCAAUGGUGACCGGAACCAUCAUGAGUCUGUUAUCCGACCUCAAUUUCAGUAAAAAACUUCAUGGUUUGUAGAGAUGGAAACCAGACUAAGUCUGUUUCCUGCUCAGGAGACAAUCUGUUGAACUUGAACUACAAUGUUUUCAGUUUGAAAGAUUCCUGUAGUUUUUCUUUAUUGCUUACUUUUGAACUUAAGAAAUUUAUAUCUACAAAAAAUACAUAAGCAAUGUCCAUAAAAGUUUUUCUGUAUUUUUAGUUUUCAUUUCAGUGAAAAAUCAUACUUCCUGCACUGGUUUUUCUUCAUGAUGCUUAGUAAGUGAUUUUCUGAGUAGUUUUUAUUUGAUAUACAUGUAUUUGCCAGUUUUAAAGUUACCAAAAUUAAAGUGACUGUGUGUAUGUUAUUUCUUACAAUGAGGAAAGUGAAAUGUCACCGUGACAGCAAUUUCACAGGAAAUUAUAAAAUAAUGCAUCAAAUCAUGUAGAAAAACCAGCGAAAAUAAGGUUUAGUGGACAUUGUAAUAUACCAAUAAGUUACUUUAUUACAAAUUAUAUGAACUUAUAUUUACAACCCUGCAAUCACAAGAAUAUAUACAUAUCACUGGCUGUGAAUAUUUCUUCUUGAAGAGGCAAUGUCUGAUUUCUUAAGAAUGUGUUAUAGAACAGCCUUGCACUGCUCAUGACCAAAUGAUGACCAAAUAAAAAAAGAGUUGCAGUGAAAUCUCGACAAGUCAAAACCUGCUAACUC